AUGAGCGCCAACGUUGCCAAUCUCUGUUCCCAGAUUCAAAACAGCUUUCGUUGGCGAUUUCGACGGAUUGCCGUCCCUUACACCAAUGUGAACCGAUCGAUUGCCCAUAUUCUGUACGAUGAAGGGUUUAUCUCAUCCUACAUGAGCGGUGACGACAAAGGGCCUUACCACACCGGUUCAGUAGUACCGGUGACACCAGACAACAUCGCUCGUCGAAAAAUCUGGAUGGACCUCAAGUAUCACGAGGGAGAGCCCGUCCUAAAGAAGAUGUCAACGAUUUCAAAGCCAUCGCGCAAAGUAUUUGCUUCGGUCCUUGAGCUCAAGGCGAUCGCCUCUGCUCGACGAGCGUCGCCUCUGCUCCGUCCACAAGGAGUCGGCCACAUUACGAUACUGAAAACGAAGUAUGGAAUUCUGGAAUUGAAAGACGCUCUGAGCAAGGAAGUCGGUGGUGAGGUUCUGUGGUUCGAACCUGCGCGGGCAAAGCCCAUUGGAUUUCAAGUCCAACGCCGUAACCACUUGGCUAAGCUGUCGUUAAAGAUUAUCUUUGCUCCCACCCAGGAUCGAACUGGGGACCUUAUCCGUGUGAAGGACACGUCAUACCACUAG